AUGAAUCAUCCAAAAAGGGUCUUUUUUUUAUAAAACUCGGCUUUGGAAUUAUUAAGAUUAUUAAAUAGAUGUGAAUUUAUAGAUUUUUUCGAAUGGGGAAUUGAUAUGUUAGUGAAUAAAUUAAAUAAUUCUGAUUAGAUCGAAAUUCGUUAGAAAGCUUUAAAUGUAAUAAAAGAAGUAGUUUAAGAAAAGAAGUAUAUGGAAAUAUUUUUUUCUAAGAAUCCUAAUUUAUAAGACUUAUGUGAUGAAAGCGACCCUUUUUUAAUAACCUUAUUAUAAACAGAAGAAGGAUUUAAUUAUUUAUCUUAAAAAUAUGAUUGGAUUAGUUAAGAACUAUUUCGUUGGCAAGAAACCGAGAAGAUUUAAUAUGUAACUAAAAUUGAAAAAUGUCUUCUUAAUGCCCUUAAUUUUGUUGAAAACGAAGAACAGAAUAUCUUCAGGUUCCCUGACAUAGUAAAUAACCCUCAAAACUCACUUUUUACACUAGGAUUUAUACAUAGAAUGCCCUGGAUUAUGAACGUAGACUUUUCUACUAAUGAAUUCAAGGAUAGUAUAUAAUUUUUAGUCUCUAUAUAAUAUUAAGGUUAAUAAAAUCUAUCAUAGUUUGUUUUAUGCGGAAGGCCUACACCUUUUAUACUAUACAUUUUCAAUUCAAAAUUCUAAAUAAAUUUUAAUUUAUCUGUUGGAAAGAGUUUUAUUGAUAAAAAUUGUAAUGAAUUACCUGAUCCUUCGUCUAUUUUAGUAAGAUGUGAUUUUUCUGAUAGUAAACAAUAUGAGAGAAUAGAUAAUAAUUUGAUAAUUAAAAAAGGCGGAAUUCAUUUUAUUUUCCUUUUCGAUGAAAAUUCUAACACUGUAAAAUUAACUUAAAUUAAACUUUAUAUGAAGGUAUCUGAAAAUAAGUCUUUAUAAGAAAAAGUUCCUUAGCAUUUCUUUGGAGAGUUAGUCAAGACAACUCUUGGGAAAAAAAUACUAAGGGAAAAUCGAAUAAUAGAAUAAUGCGUGGACGAUAUAAGGAAUUACAAUAUCCCAAUAUUAAAUAAAAGAGCCUCUUUAUGGGCAAUAGGUAAUAUAGGCUAUUCUAUAGAAGGAAUAGAUAUGAUUUCUAAUCUAUAUUAAAAUCAAAUAGUUUAAGAUUUGGUAAGAUUAGCAGAAUAAAGUGACAUUCUUUCUUUAAGAGGAACAUGUCUAUAUAUACUUAAUAUGUUGGCUAAUACAGAAUUAGGUAGAUCUUAAUUAAAAGAAUUAGAUUGGAUUUCUCAUUGGAAUUAAAAUAUAGGAUGGCUUGUAACACCAAAUAAUAUGAGAUAAUUUUUUUAUAUUAGAAAUACGAAUAAGGAAGGUUUAAGAACUUAUUGGCCUAAUUAAAAUGAAAAUUGGGAUAGAUAUAUAUCAUUUUAAAAAAAAGUUAUUUAAAAUAAUGAUUAAAGUAAACUAUUAUAGAAUAUUGCACUUAUGAGUAAUGCUUUAAGUAGUAAAAAUGCUAGUAUGGAAAUAAAAAAAAUAUAUAAAAGUAAUCCGGGAUUAUUUGAAGAUAAAAUAGUUAUUUAUUCAGUAAUACUAAUGCUUGAUUUUUAUAAGUUUAGAUUCGAAAAUAGAAAAUUUAUAUUUAAUUUUUUCGAAAAAGCAUUUUCAAACCAAGAAGUUUUCUCGAUUUUAGAUUAAAAUCCAUAUAAUGAUAAAUAAAGCUUAUGA